AUCAGAGAAGUUUGCUGCAGAGAAUCAGUAAGAUGUGGUUCAGUGAAGUCCUGGCUGAUGUUUGCCUGCAGCUCAGGACUCAGCGGUGAUUUCUAGUGAAUCCUGGGAGGAAGAGGAGCAGCGAAGAUCAUAGCUGGGAAGGAAACUCUCCUGCCGCUGAGUAGGAGCUCUAUGUGGAUCAAGAGUUGAAGAAGGAGCACCUGAGACUAGUGGUGAGCUUUCUGCACCACCCUCAGCUCUUCCACCUCGUCCCUCCGCCUUCGUCCUUCGCCUCCAGCCAAACGCCGCCAUGCCUCUGCUGGCCUCUCCUUCCCUCUUCCUCCUCUUCCUCCUCUUCUUCGUUUCCCCACUGCCUCCCUGCCAUCCGGAGUCCCAGCGGGUGGAGCCCAGCGGCGACCCUGACCUGAGGACGGCGCUGCCCUCGUCCUCGCCCUCCGCCUUCCCGCCCUCCCUCUCCUACAGCAACGCCACCGGCCCCGGGGUGAAGGAUAAGUGCAACGUGGUGACGAUGUGCACGCCCGGCAUCCUGCUGCCCGUCUGGAAGCCCGACCGGCCCGGACUGGGAUACCAGGUGGCCCGGGCCGUGGUCUACUUCGUGUCACUCAUGUACAUGUUCCUGGGAGUCUCCAUCAUCGCCGACCGCUUCAUGGCCUCCAUAGAGGUCAUCACGUCACAGGAGAAGGAGGUGACCAUCACGAUGCCCAACGGAGAAACUUCGGUGGCGACAGUUCGAAUCUGGAAUGAAACAGUGUCCAAUCUGACGCUCAUGGCUCUGGGCUCCAGCGCUCCAGAGAUACUGCUGUCUGUUAUAGAGGUGUGUGGUCAUAACUUUGAGGCCGGUCAGCUCGGUCCAGGAACCAUCGUUGGCAGCGCCGCCUUCAACAUGUUCGUGAUCAUCGGCAUCUGUGUGUGGACGAUCCCCAACGGAGAGACCCGCAAGAUCAAGCACCUCCGAGUGUUCUUCAUCACCGCCUUCUGGAGCAUCUUCGCCUACAUCUGGCUCUACCUCAUCCUGUCCGUCAUGUCGCCGGGCGUCGUGGAGGUGUGGGAAGCUCUGGUGACUCUGCUGUACUUCCCUGUCUGCGUCAUCCUGGCCUGGAUCGCCGACCGCCGCCUGCUCUUCUACAAGUACAUGGGGAAGCGUUACCGUGCCGACAAGCGUCACGGCAUCGUCGUUGAGACCGAGGGGGACCUGACGCCCACCAAGGGCGGCAUGGAGAUGAUCAUCGACGGCAAGCUCCCGCCACGAGGGGGCGCCGUGGUUCCCGCUGAGAACUGUGGCGGCGGCGCUCAGGACGGCACCGCCACCAACAAUGUAGGCGUGGCGGCGGGAGCCAUGGCGAUGGGACUCGGGGGCAACCUGCCCAACUCCAACAGCGCUAUGGGGAACAUGGACAGCAAGGAGCUGGACGAGAGCCGCAAAGAGGUGAUUCGUAUCCUGAAGGAGCUGAAGCAGAAAUAUCCCGACAAAGAGCUGGACCAGCUGGUGGAACUGGCCAACUACUACGCACUGCUGCACCAACAGAAGAGCCGAGCCUUCUACCGCAUCCAGGCCACUCGUAUGAUGAUCGGAGCCGGAAACGUCCUGAAGAAACACGCCGCCGACCACGCCCGCCGGACAGCCGUGACCGACGAGGAGGCGCCGGAGGACGACGACCUGGCCGUCUGCAGCCGCAUCUCCUUUGAAAGCGCCCACAGUCAGUGCAUGGAGAACUGUGGAGUCCUGACGCUGGCGGUGGUCUGCCAAGGCGGUCUGGGAGAGAACACGUUCUAUGUGGACUACAGAACAGAAGACGGUUCCGCCAACGCCGGCUCAGAUUACGAGUACAGCGAAGGAACGCUGGUGUUCAAACCAGGAGAGACUCGCAGGGAGAUCAAGGUGGGCAUCAUCGAUGAUGACAUAUUUGAGGAGGACGAGCAUUUCUUCGUCCGCCUCCUGAACCUCCGUGUCGGCGACGCUGAGGGGAUGUUCGAGAGCGACGAGGUCGGCGCCACGCCUAAAGCCCGCCUGAUGGAGCCGCUGGUCGCCACGGUGACCAUCCUGGACGACGACCACGCCGGCAUCUUCACGUUCAGCGAGCGGAUGGUGAGGGUGAGCGAGAGCGUGGGCACCAUGGAGGUGACGGUGGUUCGGAACUCGGGCGCCCGCGGCACCGUCACCCUGCCGUACCACACCGAGUCCGGCACCGCCAAGGCCGGGGACGACUACGAGGACGCCAGUGGGGAGCUGGAGUUCACCAACGACCAGACCACUCAGACUCUUCAGAUCCGGAUUAUCGACGAUGAAGAAUACGAGAAACAUGAAAACUUCUUUGUUGUGUUGGAGGAGCCCCGCUGGCUGAAGAGAGGAAUCUCAGCUCUGCUACUCAACCAAGAGGGGACCGAGGGCCAGAUGAGCUCCGAGGAGGAGGAGGCUCGGAGGAUAGCUGAGAUGGGGAAGCCCAUCCUGGGGGAGCACAGCCGGCUGGAGGUGGUGAUCGAGGAGUCGUACGAGUUCAAGAGCACCGUUGACAAGCUCAUUAAGAAGACCAACCUGGCGCUGGUUAUCGGAACGCACUCCUGGAGGGAACAGUUCGUGGAGGCGGUUACUGUCAGCGCAGGUGAUGGCGACGAAGACGAGGAGGGUCGCGAGGAGCGUCUUCCAUCCUGCUACGACUACGUCAUGCAUUUCCUCACCGUGUUCUGGAAGGUUCUGUUCGCCUGCGUCCCGCCCACUGAGUACUGGAACGGCUGGGCCUGCUUCUUCGUGUCCAUCAGCGUCAUUGGCCUCCUCACCGCCGUCAUCGGAGAUCUGGCGUCACACUUCGGCUGCACCGUGGGUCUGAGGGACACGGUGACGGCCGUGGUGUUCGUGGCCCUGGGGACCUCCAUCCCAGACACGUUUGCCAGUAAAGUGGCCGCCAUGCAGGACCAACACGCCGACGCGUCCGUGGGAAACGUCACCGGCAGCAACGCCGUCAACGUGUUCCUGGGGAUCGGCGUGGCCUGGUCGGUGGCCGCCGUCUACUGGAAGAUCAAAGGGAAGGAGUUCGAGGUGGAUCCGGGCUCGCUGGCCUUCUCCGUCACGCUCUUCACCAUCUUCGCCUUCAUCUGCAUGGCCGUGCUGCUGUUCCGGCGCCGGCCCUCGAUCGGCGGGGAGCUGGGCGGCCCCCGGGUCCCCCGACUGCUCACCACCCUGCUGUUCCUGGGCCUGUGGUUCCUCUACAUCCUGUUCUCCAGCCUGGAGGCCUACUGCCACAUCAACGGCUUUUAAACAGGAGGCGAGGAACCUCCCAGAAGAAAACUGCACAGCGACACACACAUAGAUCUACUAUAAAUUCAGUUGAAACACAUGAAACAAGAAACCAGAUUCAUCCGAUUGACAGACUCCUGCAGCCUGGAGGCUCCUGGUCCGAGACGCUCAACAUUACAGACACAUGUUCACACACUCACACUAUAUGUAGGCAUGUUAACCAGAUCAUUACUGAGGUACUGGAGUGUGAAGGUGAGAGGAAGUGUUAGUGAGAGGCGAGAAGGUUCAUCAGCAGGUGAGCAGAAGGAAGUGAAAGUUUAUCAGACAAACAGAAACCAACCCUCCCAACUCCACGUUUGUUCCCUGUGGAGGCGGAGCUGUGUGAAAACAGGAGUGGAAUGUUUACAACAACAACAUUGUGUUUGUUUACUCCAGCAGGUUCUUCUAUGGAGGUGAUGCUUGUUUCAUUCACAGUAUAGGUGAAGGUUCUCCACACGUGCUGUAAAUAGAAAGCAGUGUACAUACAGAGGGAAGCGUUCUGCAGGCUGACGAGGAAAUGAUUCACCCUGAAGCUGUGGAAGCAGCAGUCGAGCUUCUAGUUUAAAAACCUGCACAAACAUCACAAACGUUUGCUUUUGUGCUGAACAGAGCAGCUCAGACAUGAUAAGAAAAAUCAGCGUAAAGGUUCUAGAGAGCAUCCAGUCAGACGGAGGUUUGUGAAGGUUCUUCUUUGCAUGUAUAGGCAUCCUCACAUUAUCUCCAUUCUAUACUUGGUCAAAGGAAACGAGCAGAAGCUCCUGUAAAUGACAUCCACAUGAACAGAAACUGUCUGAGAGGAACCUAAAGGACAUUUUUCCUCAUCAGAAUCUGAGCUUCUGUCAUUUGAACCAGGUCAGUGUGUAGUUCAGGCCGACUGUUACUGUGGCAUGUUUCUUAUUCAGCGUUAGCGGCAGCAGCAGAGUUUCCAUCAGUCUCUACAGCACGAUUCAACGUCAACAUUUAGAGGAAACAAACUCCUGAUGCUUCGACUGCAGACGCUCGUCGAUAGCAGACAGAGAAUGCCUUAAAGAAACGCUCCAGUUAAGUCUAGUAUUGAAGCUUCCAGCUGUACAAACUGCCCCGGCUGCACUGAUGUAACUCAAACAUGGUGUCGUGUUUUCCUUUUCAUCGACAAACUGUUCGCGUGCGUCACUGUGUGAGGUUCAACACUGGAUGCUUGUAGUUUAUUCGUUGUGCUCGGAGCACACAACAAGCAGCAGUCGUCCGAAUGGAGUCUGAACUAAACAAGGUCUACUGGCUCAUUCUGCUGUUCAACGCUGCAGGAAAUCUGCACACAUUUCUAGAGUCAGAGCUUCAUAACGGGCUGAUUUCAGUGGAAAUACAUCGCUCAGUAUUUGCAUGACAGACUUAGAGCUAAAGUUCAUGAGAAACUAAAACUAGCGGCUGCUAAAAAACUGAAAAAUAACAACCAGAACACAAAACAUUGUCUGCUCUGCUGCAAGAUUUCAGGUUAAAAUCAGAGCAACAGAGUCAGAAUAAUUUCCUGAACAAUUAGCUUUGAGCUUGAAUUACUUAUUAUUAUUAUUAUUACACUGCCUAAUAUCAGCUGCAUUCAUAUAUUUCUGUGAGGACUUUACAUGGCAAACACCCUCAGAUGAUAAGUGCUAUACAAGUGGAGUUUGUUAUUGUUGUUCUUAAGAUAUCAGAAGGAUUGGAUUCGUUUACCCUUUGUAAACUUUCUAAAAAACAAUUUUGUAUCUUUUCCUUGCAGAUAUAUAGCCAAGGUCGAUUUUUUUGUACUUCUAAACACCGUUUAGAAUAGUAUCAGUAUAUAAAGUUGGUAGAGUAGAUGGCAUCGUUGCUGAAUUUAGCCGAUUAGAUUUUGAUAUAUUUUCCACGGUGAGGAAGCUCCCCUUUAACUGCUCCAUGACAGCGUGGUGGUUUGUCAUCAGGAUCCUCAGUUACUCACCUGGUCGUUUGUGUCCGUUCCUCCUCA